UCUACCUAAGAUCUGGGCAUGCGGGGUAACUCUCUUGACUGAAAUUUGGUCUUGUAUUGACGGACCUUUUGGAAUAGGGUAGUAAACAAAAUGGCUGCCUUCGUUGGUCGCGCAACUAAACAAGCACUUUUACGAACCAAACCGGCUCUUUUUAACCAACAGGUUGUUUUAUAUUUAUUCAAUUCUCGUUAGUGUGAUAACCUAAUAGUUUUGUUUAGUUUAAAAGUAGUUUGGACUAAAUUUAUUAAGCUUAUUAUAUAUAACCUCAUCUUUUAGUUGUGCCCUUGAGAAAAUUUCUCUAUUUCUAUGAUCCAGCUCUACCUUCUGUUUUGAGUUUCGCUUUUUGUAAUCAAACUCAAACAUGUUUCUUUAAAGUUUAAUUAAAUACCUAUAAUAGAACUAUAACUAUGUGUGCAUAAGGGGUAAUUAAUGUGUAAUUUUUUAGGCCCAAGUGCACAUUUUUUAAGUACUUAUUUAGUAAGUUAUCCCAGGGCUACACACUACAAGAACUACUAUUUAAAAUUUUUACAAUACUAUUCUACCAAACUAAUUUACGGACCCAAAUUGUGUUGCCCCAACUUUUUCCCCCCAAUGCAGCUGUUUGGUUUAGUCCAAAGAAAUUAUCGUCACACAAAACAACGAGGCAAUAAAUAGAAAACAUUGCGAUGAUUUAUUUUAAGACUUUUAAUUAAAAAAUAAUUAAAUACGGGUUUCACAGAUUUUUCCGUUGAUAGUUGGCUUAUUAGAGAUAUUAAAGAGUGACAGAAUUUCAGGAUAAUUAUUAAAUAUACAUUAAAUAUAAUAAAUAUAAAUAUUAUUAAAUCAGCAAACCCCUACCCCUCUCCGUAAUGCACAUGUGAUCAAUCGAUAGACACAUAUACUGAUUCACCUGAAUUUAAAUAUUGUUAUUGCAAUAACUUAUUGUUCAUGGUAUGGUGGUAAGGGAUACGUUUUUAAAAUAAAACUUUAGGCUUGGUAAUAAGUUUAGUUUUUAUAGUAAUAGUGACAAAAAGAUGCAAAGUUGAAACCUCUUGUUAAAAAAAAAUACUUGCUACACAGGUAAAGCUGAAAUAAUUUUCAAGAAAGCUAUUAUUAAUUUUUUUAAAUAUGUACCGGUACUAGAUGGUUUCAUUAUUACGUAGUCUGGUUUUGUGAACAAUCAUGGAUGUAUCGUAAACAUGAAAGCUAAUUUUUUAUUUCUUUAAACUCAAAUUUUUUGCAGGCAACUAUUGUCACUUUUAGCAGCAAAACUGGAAAAAGAUUGGUAAGUGACAAAAAUCUUAAAAAUUCAGAUGAGUUUAUUCUUUAGCUUCAAUAUAAAUUGUAAAUUAUUUGUCAGUAUAAGGGUAACCUUCAUUUAGGAGUUAAAAUAAAAUUUCCAAUGCUUACAUUAUUUCCAUCACUAAUUUGAUAAAACUAUUACACAUCAGGCCUGGGUUUUAGGUUCCAUUGCUAUUGGCGGUGGAACUGUAGUAGCAACAGCCUUAGCCCAGCCAACUUUUGCUAGUGAUCUUGUUCUACAUCCUCCUAAGUAUCCAUGGAAUCACAAUGGUCUCCUAUCUGCUCUAGAUCAUGGAAGGUAUGUUUGACAUUACAUAACACAUUUCAAGGUCUUAGUCAUGUUAGACUAUGCAUACAUCCCAACCUGUAUGCUUUACUCAUACAUAGUACAUUUUUUGGCAUUUUAAAGGUGUACGGUCGUACAGGAUCUAGUAAGGUUUUUUUCAAGGAUUUAGAUUUUUUUUUUUUUACAGACGAGUGUUUUUUAAUUUCUAGUAAAUAAUGAAAUAUAAUUAAAAUCUCUAACAAUGAAAAUCUUUACUUGUGUUAGGCUGAAGCAUGACUAAAUUUAACAUGUUAAUGCGGGUGCGAUUUUCUUUGUUGUAUAAGUAGGCCUAUAUUUUAUUUAGAGCAGACAUUAUUAUUCUAUUCUUUCUUUUCUAUUUAUUAUUUUACUCUAGCUGGAAACUUCGAAUUAAGUGGAUGAAAUUAAUUUAUUUUUUCUUUUAAAUGUUGGAAUUAAACAUGCACCCAGGGGUGGGGGGGUUAUAAGUUAGUGGUUUGACAGAAAACUCUGGAAUUAUAAAUGCCUCAACAUUUGGAUCAUUGCAUGUAUAUUGCAAAAUUUAAAAAAAGACAUUUAAGUGUUUGCUUCAGGCUCUUAUGACAUUAAAGCACAUAUUUGUAAAAAAUUUGCACAAACCAAACUUUAAGGCAGGGAAGGGAGAUUCUACCUCUAUUGAGAAUAACUAAUUCUUUUCUCAGCCCUAUCAUGUAGCUGGCUUAAUCAAUCAGAUAAAGUUACAAAGGCAGAUAUCUUUUACAAUUGUACGCAAAACCUGUCAGAACUGUGAUUUAAAGAGACAGGUGUAAAAAUAUAUUCCUGUGGUGUUUUUUGUAAGCUUUAAAAAAAUUAAAUGUCUUCGGUUGUUAGUUUUAGUUCCUUUCUUCACCCGGCAGUGCAUGGGCUGAGAAAUAUGAUUGUCUUGGGACCAUACUUAGAUUAAUUUAGAUAUUAUAUAUUUUAUGACCUGAGAGGGGAACGAUGGGCGAUAAUGACUUGGAAAAAGAUGGGAGAUGAGUAGGUGUCUAAAUAUUUUUUAAGGCAAUAAAAUAACAUCACAUUUUGUAAUUAUAAUCAUAUCGUUGCUUUGUGUUUUCACAAUGAACUCGCUAGAUACAACAAUAGUAAUAUUUAGUGUAUUCGCCCUAGAGACAAAGUUUGUAAAUAUUCGCUUUUGUUUGCUUCAUUUUGUAUGACAUAUAGACUGUGUGUAACAUAAUUAUUUUGUUUUUCAGCUGAACGUUUAGCAUUCACAAAAAUGUAGGACUGAUUUUUAAAAUGAAAUUAAAAUAAGUAAUAAAUUAUAAAACAAUUUUACUAUUUAGUAACCACUAAAAUAAAAAGGAUUUUUAUGAACACGGUUAGGUAAGAGGAACCUAAUUUUCCACAAGUAUUACGAUUAAUUAUAGAACUAUGUAAAUCUAUAUUCAGGUAUACGCAAAUGUGCAUCCCUGUAUUUUGAAUUUUAAAAAAAAUUCUGGGAAGAGGGCUGAGCCAGCUCCCCAAACCCCACUUUUGUUUUGGUGACUUCAGUGGAUGUCCUCAAAUCUCCCCCCCUCCCCCUCUAGCACAUUUUUGUCUAUCAAAGUGACAAAUGACGAGCACCACUGUAUUUGUAUAUAAAUAUAUAAACGACAGUCAUCUACUUAAGGAGUGAUCUUUUUUAAACUUGCAAUGCAAAUAGUUAUUGCAUACAUUAUACUGUAUGUUUAUUUAUUUACUAUUUUUUACAAUUGGGUAUGAUACGAUUUUGAUGGUUAAGUAAUAUUCUCAGACUAUAUUGGGAGUUCCAGUGUAAUCAGGUCUGCAAUCACAUCUAAAUGACACUUGUUCUUUGGGUUUUGAAAUUAAUCCAGAAAAUAUCAGGAAGACAAACUUUGCAUGCAUUCAAAACAUUGAUAACUAAAUGAACACACAAAACAAGUUAUGUUUAUUCAACUUCUCUUUUUUUUUCUGUACAGUUUUUAAUGCUGUUGUACAACUUUUAGUGACUUUGUUUACAUAUUUGGUCAUGCAGGUUGGCAUGUAUGGAAUACAUCUUAUGAAAAUGAUAGCGUUUUAAUAAUAAUCAUAUUUAGCAUUUUAAUCACUUCUAUCUUAUUAAUGUAUAAGUGUUUGCCAAAACUUGGGACAUAAUUUAUUUCAUUUUUUUGGUGUUCUUAAAUUGUAUUUGGCAUCUCAAACCCAGAGUCAAAGCUCUGUCAAACAGCUAAACCAAUCUAAAUCUCAUUCACAGAAAUAUAAUUUGUUAACUCAAAUCCCUGCCCAGCUUCAUUGGAUUUCAACCCCCACCCCCUCUCUUAAACUAAAUAUAUAUAUAUUUGAAUGACUUAAAUAAUGUUCAUCUAGGUCAGUGGUUCUCAACCUUCCUAAUGUCGCGACCCUUAAAUGCAGCUUCUAGUGUCGGGGCGACCCCCAGCCACACAAGUAUUGAUGCUACUUCAUAGCUGUAAUUAUAUGUGUUUUCAGAUGGUCUUUGGCGACCCCUGGGAAAGGAUCAUGCCAAAGGGGUCGCGACCUUCAGGUUGAGAACCGCUGAUCUAGGUGCUUAAAUUGCCAGGCUUUAGAUUUCAUUAUUUUUUCUUGACAUAUGGACAUUGGUAUUAAGCAAAGAGUUUGAAAAGAACAUAGCCCCUAGUGUCAUCCCACUGAAGUUGUGUUGUAAUUACUUUUCUACUCUUGAAUCCCAUGAAUCCUCAGCUGUAUGUACAUACAUGUAGUUAAGAGUAAUUAUCAUAUAUUUAAAAUGUUUUUCUUCACUGCUAAUGUGCAUUGUCAUUCACUAAUAAAUGAACUAGUAUUCGCCGAGGAUAUCAAGUGUACAAGCAAGUUUGCGCUGCCUGCCACAGCAUGAAAUUCAUGUGUUACAGAAAUCUAGUUAAUGUUAUCAUGUCAGAAGAAGAGGCCAAAGCAGAAGCAGAGGAGGUAAGUCAGUCUCACUGAAGAGUAACUUAAAGCGUGUGUUAUAAAGGUAGAUGUGGCUGUAUGAUACAUUAAAUCAACCAGUACGACACCGUCACAUGAAAAUUGAAUUUGAUCUAUUGUUAAUUUGGGGGUCGGAAGUGUUCCUUCCCUUAAAAUGCACCCCCACCACCAAUUUUACAAAGGCAUUGUAAAAGAUGCAUGUUGUCAUUUUUAGUGUUUUGCACCAGAUUGAAACUUUCUCUAUUUAUUUGCCCUAAUUAGAUUAUUGGUCAUGAGUUAGUUGAACUAACUUAGUAUUGAGAUGAUGCAUCAGGCAUCCGUUAAAGUGUUGACACUGAUACAUUUUUGGAAGUGAUUGGAUAUCAAAAGUGGUGACAAAAGUCAAUCUGAUCUAAAUGUUAUUGUGAGAAAUCCUUUCUAUCAAUAUAUAUAUUUUUAUAUAUAUAUAUAUAUAUAUAUACAUAAAUAUAUAUAUAUAUAUACAUAAAUAUAUACAUAUAUAUAUAUACAUACAUAUAUACAUACAUAUAUAUACAUAUAUAUAUAUACACACAUAUAUAUACAUACAUAUAUACAAACAUAUAUAUAUAUUUAUUUAUAUAUAUAUAUAUAUGUAUAUAUAUAUAGGUUAAUUUCUAAAUCCAUGACGUACUUUUAAUUCUUUUCAAUUUUAUUUCAUUCAUAAAAUAAAUACUGCCUCUGAAUUCAUUUUCCAUGUUUAUUUAAUUAAGUAGAAAAUGUCAAAAAUACUAAAACAUCUUCAAGUCAGAGAACUCUUGCAAUGAUUAAUGGGUUAAGGAAGUUUAAAGUAAAUAAUAGAUAAAUGUAAAAAUAGUUAAGUGAUAAAUGUUACAACUUUUAUAACUCUUCUUGCAAUCAGGCACUUGUAGAGGAUGGUCCCAAUGAAGCUGGAGAAAUGUUUGAGAGGCCAGGAAAGUUAUCUGAUCACUUCCCUAAUCCAUACAAAAAUGAAGAGCAAGCCAGAGCUGCCAAUAAUGGGGCCUAUCCGCCUGAUCUGACCUACAUAGUACUAGCCAGACAUGGCGGAGAAGUAAGUGCAGAAUUUACCAACUACAUUCAUUUUUUAAAUUUAAAUGUGGCAUAAGAUCCUAAUCUCUAAAACUUAUUUUUUGUUAUUGAAAUAGCAAAACGAGGUAUGUGGAAGCUUGAAUUAGAAAACAGGACAAAAAGAUUAGGACGUUUCGGCAUAGAGCCUUCUUCAUGUUUUGCUAUUUCAUUUACUAGGCUUGAAUGCAGUCCUUUAAUUAUUAUAUUUUUUGUUUUCAUCUGAGCAUCUUUUUUUUAUUUAUUAAAUUACUCCUGCAUAAUUUAACCAUUGGCUCAUCCAAGUACUAUUUUUUUGCAGGACUAUAUAUUUUCGCUCUUAACGGGUUACGCUGAUGCUCCAGCAGGGAUUAAGUUGAUGGAGGGUCAACAUUACAAUCCAUAUUUCCCUGGAGGCUCAAUAGGCAUGGCCAUGGCACUUUACAAUGAAAUUAUUGAAUAUGAUGAUGGUGAGUAUUCCUUCUUGAUGUAUUAUUUCCACACCAGAUGUCUUUUAUAUGCAUGGAGUUAACCCCUUUUGAUACCAGUUUUUCAUUUCUCACAAAAUUAUACAUCCAGAAACUUGAAUUGAUAAAAUAAUGUUUUGAAUAUUCUUAUAAGCUGUGGUUUGAUUAUAAUUUGUCAAUUGCGCAUCAUUGUAUCAUGCCAUAUCUUUUGGGAAGAUCUAGUUUUGUUACAUUUUUCUUUAUUUCAGGAACCCCAGCCACCCAAAGUCAGUUGGCUAAAGAUGUAGUGACUUUCCUCAAGUGGGCAGGAGAACCCGAACAUGACACUAGGAAACUAUAUGGUUUAAGGGUGAGUUACAAUUGCAAGUUAUGUUAACCCAGCUUAGUGUCUCAAGUUUUAGAAUUAUCUUUAUUACAUGUUUAUCCCCCUAAAAAAUUUGAGCUUGAAGAGAUUUUGUUUUUCAAUGUUGCCUUAUGGUUUCUGUUGGCUUGAUUAGCAUUAAUGUCUAUGUCAAAAGAUGCUGAAAGGGAUAAGCACUCUUUGAUUUGUAUUUUAAAUUGGGUACAUAUUUUACCAUUAGAAACCUAAAAGAUAUAUUUAUUUUUGUCCAAUUCAUUCAAAAUUUGAAAUGUGACUUGGUCCCUUUGGAAAAAAAAAUUAAUGCAUAUAAUUUCAGCAUAAAAUACUAACAAUAUUGAUUUUUUUUUCCCUCCAGGCAGUGAUCAUCUUUUCAUUCCUGCUGGCUGUAAGUUACUACAUGAAGCGUCACAAGUGGUCUGUGCUGAAAUCAAGAAAGCUGGCCUUCAAACCACCCACUUACAAGAAGUGAUGACAGUUCAGCCUAGCAUGGGAAACACUUUGGGGGAGUGGGUGGGUAGGGUGAAAAUACUUAGAAACAAAGACCAGACAGAACUGAAACUAAUAAAAUAAAUUAGAAUACAAAUUGCAGGAAGGGAUUUUUGUCCUUUCCUGGAUGUGAUGUCUUGUUUGUUAACAUUUUGCUUAAAAGUGAAUACAUUUGUUUAUGAAUAGAGUUAUGGCUUGUGUAUAUCCCUUUUUUAUUUAUUUUUUUUUAUUGUAAUGGCAUUUUAAAAAACAUUUGAAGAAUUAUGUAAACUUUGGGGGACUGCAUAGUGACUUAUGACCUCAGUUAAAUAUUGGAAUUUGAGGCUUAUUUUUUCAUGAUUGUAUGAAUAUUCUUAUUUAGAUGUAUGAAUAUUAAAUCAGUUUUAAAAGGGAUAGUCUUAAUUAUUAUUUUUAUAACAAAUAAGUGGCCAAUAUGUUUAUUACAUCAUUUUAUUAGGAUGAUUCUGAGGGGACAAUAAAUGAGAAAUGAUAUGCAAAUGUUCUUUCAAUCUGCCUCCAUUAAAUUAUUUUAAGCUGUUGAUGAAGAUGGACAGGACAUGGUGCCUGACCAUUGUUGUAAAUGGUUACCCGUUGCUCUGAAUAUCAAAUUGUGAGCCUAGACUUGUUCAGAGCCAUAUCUCAGUGUAUUAUUGUUUCACAGUGUAUUGUAAAUCAUAGUUUGACUUGUAGCAAAUGUAGAUUUAUGCUCUAACAGUUGGUGUUUGUCAAUAUGGCUCACUCUUGAGAGUUGGUCUGCAAUAAAAGAUACUCUUGACAGGCAAGCCAAAAUUUUGUAUUAAAGUACAUGUGGUUGAUUAAAAGUUGAGUGCCUUCAUUAUUUCUCCCAGCCCCUUUACCAGAGAUUUUCACAUUGGAACAGAGUACUAUUCAAAUGUAUGUCAUAAAUUUUCAUAUCCACACUUUGAAAUUAAAGGAUUUCAAAUGUAUAAUUUAACAAAGAGAAUUCUUUUUAACCCCUUUUUCAUAUCCCUCAAUAAUAAUAUGGUGCUUAUAGAGUUGGAACGCUAUAUAAAGUGCAUCACAUCAUUUUAAUUAUAUUUCCUGCAAAACCCU